AUGGAACAAAUCGCAUCAUAUAAUAACAAUAUUAAACAUGGGGAGAACUCUAUCGUUGAAGAUCAAGGGGUCGAAAUGGAUAUGGAUAAACUGUUAUUAGAGACUGAAAGAUUGGCCCUCUUGGUUGACAACGUCGAAGAUCAAACAGAACGAGAAGUAUUACGACUAGAAAGAGUAUUGGAAACAUUUGCAAGAGAACCCCAAAAUGAUACCGAACACUAUUAUUACGGUAUUAAUAGCAAUCAUUAUAAAACAUAUUCCAAAUGUCGCUAUUUGAGAAACAAAUUAAAACGUUUUAAUAAUUUUACUAAAAGAUGCUUCACAAAAUCAACAAGAGGGAAAAGAAAUACAUGUCUUCUUAAUAGUGAAUUUUCUCGUUCUGUAUCUGAAUUGCAGGAUACCUUAAAAGUUGAAAUAGAAGAAGAUGGGACAUGUGAUUCCACACCAAACUUAUUUGUGACAAGUACGUUAGAUGAUGCAGUAUUUCAAGAUAGUUGUGACAGUAACGGAGAAAGUGUUGUGAGUGAGUGUACUUACAAAGGACGUCGAGGUUACAGCAGCUAUGUGAAGUAUAAAUUAAUGAAUUACUUGUCAACAGCGAAACGUGAUGAUCUCGUGUAUAUGAAAGAAAGUGAGGACUUGUGUUCACCAUAUUUAUUAUAUCUCAAAAAUGACGGAUUAGAGACUCCAAUACAUUUUAAGACCAAGACUACAAGGGAGGAACUACGAGAUAGAUUAGAACCAGGGGUUUGA